GCCGUCGCCGGGGACCAGCCGACCUUUGAGUGCUGGCCCCACCGUGACCCGGAGCACUGGAUGCACGAGGUCCUGCUUGCCGGCUGGGGUAUGCCCAUCGGCGAGCUCUUCGACCUCGAGGCCCUUGCCGAGUGGUGCCGUGAGGAGAAGCGAUGGAGCUUCUUCGUCGCCAGCGAGCCGUGCAAUGUCCCCGGCGGGGUCGCAAGUCCGCCCAACGUUCUGGCCAUCUUCUAAGACCUCCACGGUACCUGAGCAGAGACGCUACGUCUGUGACAACACAUGUGGUAGCGGAGAUAUUUGUACAAGAUCACUCCUAGAAAAUGACAUGCCGCCCCUGCUGGCAAUUUGCCGGGCGCAUAGAAGCGGUAAACCAAAGCGCUUGGGCGAGACGCAGUGGCAUCCCGAAAAAGAAGGAAAAGGAAAAAAAAGAAGGAAAAAAAAAGGAAAACCACCGAAAAACCAGGUGGACGGGAUCAUUGCUUUGAAUCAAUGGCUACUACAACCAACCCCCUUAGGUUCGAGCCAUCCGCCUUCAUCGGCACGUAAUUAUCAAUUACAACUUGAUGCCGCAAACCCGAUGAUUCAUGGACCCAAUCGCAUGAGACCUGAAGCAAGAUGGCUUCAAAAGUAUAUUCGCGUAUGUCAGCUUUCCUAGCUGAACUAAAUUGUUGCAACAAACCAAGCAAGCCUGACGCCCUGUUGUGCUUUCAACCACCGCGGGCCCUCUAUCACAGAUAUUCUAC